UCCAACGGAAGAACUUUCUUCUUUCCUCGAUCCACACGCUCUCUUCCGUUUCGUUUGUCCACCAGAACUCCGGCAAUUCGGCGACACCGUCUCGUAUUCGCAUCUCUUGUCUGUUGUCUCUGAGCCCUGAUUUCUGAGAUUUUCUCCGAGAGUUGAGGGUUUCUGUCUGAAUUCUUGCCAGGUUGUGGAUGGGAAGAAGAACGGGGAGUUCCUCUUCGGAGACCAAGUUCUUACAAGAGCUGAUACUGUACGCGGCGAGCGCGGCGGUAAGCUGCUUGAUUCUCUUCGCGGGUCUCCGACAUCUCGACCCGAACCGUGACUCGGCCAAAAAGGCGCUCGAGCACAAGAAGGAAAUCGCGAAGCGUCUGGGUCGUCCUCUUAUCAAGACCAAUCCUUACGAGGAUAUAAUAGCAUGUGAUGUUAUAAAUCCAGACCACAUUGAUGUGGAGUUUGAUUCUAUUGGAGGCUUGGAAAACAUCAAGCAGGCUCUGUAUGAGCUUGUGAUUCUACCUCUGAGGAGACCUGAGCUGUUUUCUCAUGGAAAGCUGCUUGGCCCUCAAAAGGGUGUCUUGCUAUAUGGUCCUCCUGGAACCGGAAAGACGAUACUUGCUAAGGCUAUUGCAAAAGAAUCCGGAGCCAUUUUCAUUAAUGUUAGAGUUUCAAAUCUGAUGAGCAAGUGGUUUGGAGAUGCUCAGAAGCUUGUGGCUGCUGUAUUUAGCCUGGCAUACAAACUCCAACCUGCUAUUAUAUUUAUUGACGAGGUUGACAGCUUUCUUGGUCAGCGUAGAUCAACCGAUCAUGAAGCAAUGGCAAGCAUGAAGACUGAGUUUAUGGCUUUGUGGGAUGGAUUUACCACAGACCAGAAUGCAAGGGUGAUGGUUCUUGCUGCAACCAACAGGCCAUCAGAACUUGACGAAGCAAUACUGAGGCGUUUUUCUCAAGCCUUUGAAAUCGGGAUGCCUGACUGCCGGGAGAGAGCUGAAAUUCUGAAAGUGACCCUGAAAGGGGAGAGGGUGGAACCCGAUAUCGAUUAUGAUCAUGUAGCUGGAUUAUGCAAAGGCUAUACCGGAUCAGAUAUAUUCGAACUUUGUAAGAAAGCAGCUUACUUCCCCAUCAGAGAACUCCUAGAUGAGGAGAAAAACGGGAGGAAACGUUACUCGGUUAGUGUUCCACGGCCAUUGUCACAGUUGGACUUGGAAAGGGCUCUCGCUGCAUCAAAGAAGAUACAGGUUGCAGCAGGCUGAAUGCUCUGGAUUGAGCUGGCAAGAUUCAGUAUGGAGAAGCUAAAGGGAUCCAGACAAUGUCCAAACGGCCAUAACCGGUCUUUCCAAGCUUCUAGUUUGAGGUCAUUAAACUUCAGUCAGAUUCUCAAGACUCGUCGAUGGACUCGAAGAAGAACCCAGAUGAAUUUUGUGUAGCUAAGCACGAAAGGAUGAAUCUUUUGUAGGGUUCUGAUGUCGGAACGAAUAGGGCAUUGCCUUGACGCCCACGUUUUUCUUGUUCUUUGAUUCUUUUGGUUGUCAUAGAAAUCAAAUGAUACAAACUUUACACUGUUCUGCUUUGCUGAAUCUCCAAUUCAUUUGAGCAAUGUUCUAAUUCUAACUUCUGCUUCAGUUA